UCGCGCGCAGGUGGUCUCAAAUUGCAACAAGAUUACCUGGAAGAACAGAUAAUGAAAUUAAGAAUCUGUGGAACUCUUCUAUUAAGAAAAAGCUAAGACAACGAGGUAUUGAUCCAAAUACUCACAAGCCACUUUCUGAGGUUGAAAACGAAGAGAAAGCGUCGGCAAACAGUAAUAAUAAGAACAGUGACAGAGUUUCUGAAAGCUCAAAUAAUGAUCAGCUCAAUUUUGUUGAGGCUGCUCAUGAGAAUGUAUUUUCAACAGAAAAGCCAAAGCCAUAUUCAAUGACAAUUAUGGACCGUUAUCCAUUUAUUGAAACCAAUAAUAUUGCCCCACCAACUCAUGAAUUCUUCACCACCAAUUGCAAGUCUCCUGAUUUUGCUAAUUAUCUCUCCUUUCAACACUUGAAUAAUUAUACUCCCAAUACAAAUAUUAUCUUCAAUAAGAACUCUGCUGACAUGGUAUCUGAUCAGUUCAAUUGUAGCCUUUCUCCUAUGUCGAAUUCUAUUCUCAAUACAUCCCCGUUGGCACGUAUAAAGCCGGCUUCUUUAACUACUCUUCCUCCUGAUAGUAGUUUUAAUAUCAACAAGUUCCAGAAUUGGGAAGCUUGUACUAUCAGCAGCAACAGUAAUGGUAGCAGUAACAGUAUUGAAUUACAAAGCAACUGUUCAUUCUUUGAUAACAAUGCUGCGGCUUUCGCAUGGGGAUCAACAACAGCAGAUGGUAGUGGGAAACCAGAGAGAGAAGAAAUCAAAUGGUCUGAGUAUUUGCAAACCCCAUUUUCACUAGGUUCUAACACAAUCCAGAAUCAUCAAAUUUCGUCUCAACAUCAAGCUGACUUAUACAACGAAACAAAAUCCGAGACACAGUUCGUGACACAAGGUUCAUUGAAUUUGAGUACUACUACAACAUGGAUUCAAAACCAACCGCAACAAUCUUCUCUACAAACUGCAAACUUAUACAAUAGUAACAAUUUUCAGAGGCUUCCCGCCGCCUUUGGACAAUUUUCUUAGCCUAUUUUCACAGGCUAGUCUCCCUUAUCAUGGACGGUUACUUACCUACAGGUGUGUGUAAUAGAGUUUUUCUUAUUAAUCUGUAAAUAGGUCUUACACGUAUUUCCUUCCUUUGUCUCAACACUGGAUAUUCUUGAUAAAAUAUUGAAAAUUUGUUGAUCAUCAUUUUGUGUAUGGUAAGUAUAUGAUAGUAUACGUACUUUAAUUUUUUUUCC